UACUUAAGUGGGAGUGUUUAUGUGAAAUUAUACAAAAUCUUUUUGUGGAUGUAAACACUCAGUCGUAUUAAUUUGUUAUGGUUAGGGAUUUAAAUAUAAAAAGGGUCCCACGAAUAAAACUUAACAAUGAGUUUGGUACAUGGGGAUCAAUUAAAUAUGUUGCAUAACUUGGGAAACAAACGACUUUGUUUACCAAAAUGUGAGUGUGGUGAUCAACCAUAGUGGUAGGUCAACCAAUGAUCAUCAACUCUAUCUACAAUUCCCAAGAAAAUAAAGAGAUUUAGGUUCCAAAAAAAAUUAAAGUGGAGAAAAGUGAAAACAAGAAACGAGACCGUUUUAAAAGCAAAGACUAAUGCGAGACAAAUCAUUAUGGUUCCAAUUUGCUAGAUUUGUUAGAUUAACAAUGUUGUGGGAUUAAGUUUUGAAAUUGACUGUGGUAACUCCGUGAAUUAUAACUCGAGGAAGAAAUGAAGAUUGCUCCUCCCAUAAAAUCUGUUCUUUACCAGGUGCAGUUUAUGCAACGAAUGUUGUAAGUUCCAUUUCUCUUAAGCCAAGAGUUGUGUUGUAUGUGCAGGAUGAAUGAUAGAAGCGAGAACUGGUUUGAGAGCCGUAGAGCUUUGCCAGUUUACAUACAUGGAAUUAGAUUAAACAAAAGAAUACUCACUCAGAGUUAAGGAAUUAGACGUCUAAUUUUGUUAAGUCAACAUAGAGUUGAGGAAUUAUGUUGCAUAGUCAAAUAGUUUGGGAAUGAAAUGUGUUAAUAUCAAAUUGUUGAGGGAAUUAAAUGAUCAUUUUCCCAAUAUUCUGAUAUUUGUUUCCUAUUAUUACAACUGAAUAUCCGUAUGACUUUAAAUCCGAUAGCCCGGAUAUGUAGGCCUAUUCAGUCACUCACUCAAGCUUAUUAUGGCUCUCUAACUCUGAGUGGGAGAGAGAGAAGCAAAAGUAACAAUGGAGGUAUUCUACUACUUGGUGUUCGGAGUGAUGGCUGCCGUAGUGGCGGCUUUGGAAAUGAGCAAGAGAAGCAAGGAUCAAAACACUUCUUCUUCCUUCAAUUCCUUCAAAAACAAUUACAUCCUCGUCUUCUCCAUCAUGAUGGCUGGGGAUUGGCUUCAGGGACCUUAUGUGUAUUAUCUUUACAGCACUUAUGGUUUUGGUAAACGAGAUAUUGGUCAGCUUUUCAUUGCUGGUUUCGGCUCCUCUAUGUUGUUUGGAACCAUUGUUGGCUCUCUUGCUGACAAACAUGGUCGGAAGAGGGCAUGUGUUACGUACUGCAUUGUUUACAUUCUUAGCUGCAUCACCAAGCACUCUCCACAGUACAGAGUUUUAAUGGUCGGUCGUAUCUUGGGUGGAAUUGCUACUUCUCUCUUGAAUUCUGCCUUCGAAUCUUGGCUCAUUGCUGAGCACAACAAGAGGAACUUUGACCAACAGUGGCUGCCACUGACAAUUUCUAAGGCUGUUUUCUUUGGGAAUGGUCUGGUGGCUAUUCUCUCUGGGUUGUUUGGUAAUUUACUUGUCGACAUUUUUUCCUUUGGUCCUGUUGCUCCCUUUGACGCCGCUUCUUGCUUUCUUGCAAUUGGAAUGGUCAUCAUAUUGACAACAUGGUCUGAGAAUUUCGGAGAUCCAUCUGACAGCAAAGAUUUGAUGACUCAGUUCAAAGUCGCUGCAAUAGCAAUUGCUUCAGGCAGGUUCAAAGUUAACGUUAAAAACUGUUGAUUUGAACUGUGCUUGCUCAUUAUCUCUAACACAGUCUCUGUUUAUUUCUCAGACGAAAAGAUUGCAUUGUUGGGUGCUAUUCAAUCUCUGUUUGAAGCCUCAAUGUACACAUUUGUUUUCCUCUGGACUCCGGCUCUUAGCCCAAACAAUGAAGAAAUCCCACACGGCUUCGUCUUUGCAACCUUCAUGUUGGCUUCGAUGUUGGGAAGCUCCCUUGCAGCUCGUCUCAUGGCCCGCUCAUCUCUCAGAGUAGAGAAAUACAUGCAAAUUGUAUUUCUAGUAUCCGCUGCUUCCCUUCUGCUUCCCAUUACAACAAGUGUCUUGGUGACUCCGUCAAAGGUGAAAGAGGAAGGCUUGUCAUUAACUUGCUCCAUCCAGCUACUUGGUUUCUGUGUUUUCGAGGCUUGUAUAGGAAUAUUUUCGGCAUCGAUAAUGAAGAUGAGAUCACAGUAUAUCCCUGAAGAAGCGAGAAGCACCAUAAUGAACUUCUUCCGUGUUCCGCUUAACCUCUUUGUCUGCAUCGUCUUGUACAACGUUGAUGCGUUACCGAUCACAAUCAUGUUUGGUAUGUGCUCAAUCUUCGUCUUCGUAGCUUCUAUAUUACAAUGGCGCCUUAUGGUCAUCUCCGAAAACCCAAAGGGAGAAGAGCUGAGUCCAAUGAAGGAGCCAGACUCAGAAGUUGACCCUCUUACCCUAUGAUUAUGUUCCUUUCAGUAUUUCUUAUUUUAAUUAAUACUAGGAGUUAAUCCGCGCUAUGCACGAUGCUAUUUUGAUGUUCAAAUGUUAACUAUAUAGCUAUUUUCUUGGAUAUUGUAUUCUGAACAACAAUAAAAUUUUGAAUUGUAUGUUUGUGUGAAUACACAUCUCCUUAGAAAAAACCAGAAAACUAUACAUUUUUUAGAUAGAUGUUUGAUAUAUUGUAUAUUUACUUAUUAUUUAA